GUGUCCAUGGCCCGCACCCCCAAGCUGCAACUGCAGCAGUCGGAGUGGCGGCCAGAGGCUCAGUCCAUGCAGUGCCCCCUGGAAGGUGUUGGCAAGGCUAAGAAAGAGGCCUCUGCAUCUUGACGUGUAGGAAAUCAGGGAAGGAGUCUCACCCAGGGGGAGGACCAUGUUGCGCCGCAAGCCCUCCAAUGCCAGUGAGAAGGAGCCCACUCAGAAGAAAAAGCUCUCCCUUCAGCGCUCAAGCAGCUUCAAGGAUUUUGCCAAAUCCAAACCCAGCUCCCCUGUGGUGAGCGAGAAGGAAUUUAAUCUGGAAGACAAUAUUCCAGAAGAUGACUCCAGCAUCCCCACCCCAGAGGAUGCUGGGAAGAGUGGCAAAAAGCUGGGGAAGAAGUGGAGGGCAGUUAUUUCCCGAACCAUGAACAGGAAGAUGGGGAAAAUGAUGGUGAAGGCCUUGUCAGAGGAUAUGGGAGACACACUGGAGGAGGGCUCAGCCUCCCCGACAUCUCCAGACUGCAGCCUGGACAGCCCUGGCCCUGAGAAGAUGACCCUGGCCUUUUCUGAGCAGGAGGAGCGUGAACUCCCAGUGCUCAGCCGCCAGGCAUCAACGAGCAGUGAGCUCUGCAGCCCCAGCCCUGGCUCUGGCAGCUUCGUGGAGGAACCAUCUGCCCCCCAGUACACAGGGCCCUUCUGUGGUCGGGCACGAGUCCACACCGACUUCACUCCCAGCCCCUAUGACCACGACUCACUGAAAUUGCAGAAAGGAGAUGUGAUCCAGAUCAUUGAAAAACCACCGGUGGGCACGUGGCUGGGCCUGCUCAAUGGCAAACUGGGCUCUUUCAAAUUCAUCUAUGUGGAUGUGCUGCCAGAGGAGGCUGUGGGGCCUUCCCGCUCCAGUCGCCGACAGAGCAAGGGCAAGAGGCCCAAGCCUAAGACUCUGCAUGAACUACUGGAGCGCAUCGGUCUGGAGGAGCACACGUCCACCCUGCUGCUCAAUGGCUACCAGACACUGGAGGACUUCAAGGAGCUGCGGGAGACACACCUCAAUGAGCUGCACAUCAUGGACCCGCAGCAUCGGGCCAAGCUGCUCACGGCUGCAGAACUGCUGCUGGACUAUGAUACUGGCAGUGAGGAGGCAGAAGAGGGCGCCGAGAGCAACCAGGAACCAGUGGUGCAUACAGUGUCAGAACCCAAGGUGGACAUCCCACGGGACUCUGGCUGCUUUGAGGGCUUGGAGAGUGGGCGCGAUGAGGCAGAGCUGGCAGGCACUGAAGAACAGCUGCACGGCCUCUCCCUGGCAGGGUCACCUUGAAGUGAAGGUGGCAGAGGCUGAGGCUGGGCCUGAGCUGCAAAGGCCACAGAGAUGGGCCCAUCCUCCCAUAUGGCCUGAGCCCAGAGGACUGGUGCCCAGCCUGGCCCUGCUUCCUCAGGGGCGUUUACAGUCAAAGGCCUGGCCAGGACGCUACAGGAUCAGCUGGAGUAGAGAUGGAGCUGCGCAGAGGCAAAUCCCAUCUGCCAUACUCCCUCCCUCCACCAGUGACUGACAGCACAGCCCCUCCUGGCGCCGCCCAUAUCCCAUCAACAGCAAGUGGGGCACCAAGGGACCUGCCAGUAUCCCUAACCACCAAGGCCCCUAUACCCUCCUCAGCUCCAUAGCAUCUACCCUUGUCACACUGUUCCUGAAAAGGGUGCCAAGUCGAUGUUUAAGGAGUCUCAAACUCCUAGGGAAGUCAGCUGUUUCAAAGGACCCCAGUUGAUCAUGGGUGAAUCCAGAGUUUCCUAAAUAAGGUUUGAAGAAAGCUGCAAGCACCAUUCCCACUUUCCUUCUCCUUAACUUUCAUAGAGGUUUGGCAGCUUUUUUUAUUUGUUCUACUAUCUACAUGAUAGAAUGUAUUUUGACAUAUUAUACAUAUGUGGACUAUAACUUCUCAUUCUUCUGGUUGCACAUGAUGUACAGUUACAUUGGUCGUGUAAUCAUA